UGCAGAAGCGGCGGCCAGGCUGAAUGAUCUAGAAAAGCCUUGUUAAUUAAAAAAAACUUUCUUUAUUUCAUUUUUCAUAUCGUCGAGUAUCGUAAAGCGUAUCGUAAAGCGGCGUGAAACAUGUCCCGGCGACGCCAUAGCGAAGAGAGUGACGGAGGUCAGGCCCACAAACGGAGGAGAACUUCGGAGCCCAUUGAGAUUGAAGAUCGACUGGAGUCUCUGAUAUGUCGUGUGGGAGAAAAGAGCACAUCGUCCCUGGAGAGCAACCUGGAGGGUCUCGCUGGCGUUUUGGAGGCAGAUCUUCCAAACUACAAAAACAAAAUCCUUCGCAUUUUAUGUGCUGUUGCUCGCCUCCUCCCUGAGAAGCUGACGGUGUACACAACUUUAGUCGGCCUCCUCAAUGCCAGGAAUUACAACUUUGGGGGCGAGUUUGUGGAGGCGAUGAUCAGACAGCUCAAGGAGACGCUGAAAAACAACUUGUACAACGAAGCCGUUUACUUGGUACGUUUUCUGUCUGAUUUGGUCAACUGCCAUGUGAUUGCUGCUCCCUCCAUGGUGGCCAUGUUUGAAAACUUUGUCAGUGUUACUCAAGAGGAAGAUGUGCCACAGGUUCGGUCGGACUGGUUUGUGUACGUGGUGCUGUCCUGCCUGCCGUGGGUCGGUAAGGAGCUUUAUGAGAAGAAGGACGUUGAGAUGGACCGACUCCUUAGCCAAAUCGAAGGAUACCUCAAGAGGAGAGUAAAGACUCACGUUCCCAUGCUGCAGGUGUGGACAGCAGAGAAGCCUCACCCACAAGAGGAGUACCUGGACUGCCUCUGGGCCCAGAUUCAGAAGCUAAAGAAAGACCGCUGGCAGGAGCGCCACAUCCUUCGUCCAUACAUCGCCUUCGACAGCGUGCUGUGCGAAGCCCUGCAACACAACCUGCCCCCCUUCACCCCUCCUGGACACAUGCCAGACGCCCAGUACCCCAUGCCCCGGGUCGUCUUCCGCAUGUUCGACUACACCGAUGCCCCAGAGGGUCCCGUUAUGCCUGGCAGCCAUUCUGUGGAGAGAUAUGUCAUUGAAGAAAACCUGCACUGUAUCAUCAAGACUCACUGGAAAGAGAGGAAAACCUGUGCUGCCCAGUUACUCAGCUAUCCGGGGAAAAACAAGAUUCCACUCAACUAUCACAUCGUGGAGGUGAUCUUUGGGGAACUUUUCCAGUUGCCCGUUCCUCCUCACAUUGACGUCAUGUACACCACUCUGCUUAUUGAACUCUGCAAACUGCAGCCAGGAUCAUUGCCCCAAGUUUUGGCUCAAGCCACAGAGAUGCUCUACAUGAGGCUGGACACCAUGAACACCAUCUGCAUAGACAGACUUAUCAACUGGUUUUCUCAUCAUUUGAGCAACUUCCAGUUUCGAUGGAGCUGGGACGACUGGUCUGACUGUUUGACCGUGGAUCUAGAUAGGCCCAAGCCCAAGUUCGUCAAAGAGGUUCUGGAGAAGAGUAUGAGACUUUCGUACCAUCAGAGGAUAGUGGACAUCGUCCCUCCAACCUUCUCGGCCCUCAUUCCAGCUGAGCCCAUCUUCAUUUACAAAUACGCAGAUGAAACCGCUUCUUUGUUACCAGGUUAUCCCGUAUCCAUCACCGUUGGCAACGCCAUCAAGAACCGAGCGUCCAACGAAGAGAUCCUGGCCAUCCUCAAGGAAGUGCCCAACCCCAACCAGGAGGAUGACGAUGAUGAAGGAGAGGCUUUUAACCCCAUGAAGAUCGACGUGUUCUUACAGACUCUUCUUCAUCUAGCAGCCAAAUCCUUCAGUCACUCCUUCAGCGCCCUCGGCAAGUUCCAUGAGAUCCUGAAGAACCUGACGUCCAACGACGAGGGGAAGCUGCACAUCCUCAAGGUGGUGUACGAAGCGUGGAGGAACCACCCGCAGAUGAUCGCCGUGUUGGUGGAUAAAAUGGUUCGGACGCAGAUCGUGGACUGUGCUGCUGUGGCCAACUGGCUCUUCUCUCAGGACAUGGCUCACGAGUUCACCAGACUUUUCAUCUGGGAGAUUCUGCACUCGACCAUCCGUAAGAUGAACAAACACGUCCAGAAGAUCCAGAAGGAGCUGGAGGAGGCGAAGGACAAGCUGGAGAAACAGCAGCACAAGAGGAGGGACAGCGGAGACGAAGAGGACAUGGACAAGAACAGCGAGGACGAGGAGGGUCAGCUGGAGGAGCAGAUCGAUAGGCUACAGGAGAAGGUAGAGUCGGCUCAGAGCGAACAGAAGAACCUCUUCCUCGUCAUCUUCCAGCGUUUCAUCAUGCUGCUGACGGAGCAUCUGGUCCGCUGUGAGACGGGCAGCGUGGACAUCAGCACGCCUUGGUACAAAAACUGUAUCGAGAGGCUGCAGCAGAUCUUCCUCAUGCACCAUGUGACCAUCCAGCAGUACAUGGGAACCCUGGAGAACCUGCUGUUCACCGCCGAGCUUGACCACCACAUCCUGGCCGUUUACCAGCAGUUCUGCGCCCUGCAGCUCUGAAACACACACACACACACACACAUAUUUACACACUUACACUUACACACAGAUUGGAUUAAAUAUGUCGCUAAACCUACAUUAGAAACCUACCAGCUCUUGCAUCAAGAAUCUCCUCACUAGUAUUUUUUUUUUUUUUUUACCUCUAUUUUGUGUGUUUGGUGCCAUUCGACGUGUUUAGAUAUGUGCGGCUACACCUGAGGACAUUUCUCUUAAAGUAGGAAUCCAAAAGGACAAAUCCUGUCGGUUAAUUUGCUCUAGCGUUCCUUAUUCCUUAUUUUUUUAUUUCCUUUUAUUCUUUUUUUUUUUGUUUUCAUUUUUACAUUAUAAUUGUAUUCUUAUGAAUGGGUCUUUUAAAAACACAACUGUACGAACUGUUGAAGUCCAGACUGAGCUGGAGAGAUGAACAUAGGAGAAGAGGAGAUAUCAGGUCGGCUCUGAUUUGAUUCUUGAAUCUAGAGAGCGCUCUACUUUUUUAUAUUUGUUUUAUGUGGAAUUGGGAAAUAAUUAAAACUCUCCAGAG